AUGGCAAAAUCUUUUUUUCGUAAUAUUACUGAUCAAAUAACAGGUGGUAUUAGUAAAACGACUGAUGUACAAAUAGUGCAAGCUGUUAAUCAUUUCGAAGAUGAACAUUCAAAACUAUUGAAAUUUAGGCGUGAAUUUGACAAAUAUACUCAAGCUAUACUACUAUUCGACAAUGCAUCAUUUCGCUUUUUUGAUUUUAUGCGUUCACUUACCGAUUCCUCAUGGCCUCAUCAAUCAACAGUCGAUCAAUUAUGUGUCGAUAUAGGACGUACUCGUAAUGAACAUUUACAACAUUUAAAUAAACAGACUAUUUCUAAUAUUAAUAUAUCAUUGGAUGCAUUCGAAAAAAUGAAAGGUCGUAUUGUUGAACAAUGUCGUAUACAACAUGAUUAUGAUAAAACACGUAAACAAUAUCAAACAAGUUUAAAACGUGAAGAGCAAAUAAAAAUCGAUCGUAUUAAAAAUGAAAUAGAUCAAUUGAAAUCUGCAUUAAAUUUAAUAAAUUGUGAAUUACGUGAAGAUUUAGGAAAAUUUCAUCUUGAUCUUCAAAAUCAUCAUAGAAAAACCAUAAUAGAUUUAUUUGGUACACAUGGUGACUUUUAUAGAAAUUCCUAUAAACUAUGUUCAUAUUUUGUUGAAAGACUUCGAGGAAAUCCUUCAAUGAAUUCAGCUAAUACUAAUAAUAAUAAUAAUAAUGAUAAUGAUAACGAACAUGACUCUGAAAAAGAAAUACAAUCAUCUACUGACGAUUCAAACAAGAAAAAACCUGAUUGUAUAUCACUUUCCCAACCAAAACGAACAUAUAAAAUUUUACAUGAAGCACAUGUUAUACAUGAUUAUGAAGCUGAAAAUGAAGAUGAACUUAAUUUAGUAAAAGGUGAAUACAUAUCCAUUAUUUCUUUUUACAAUGAAGAAGAUAAUAUACGUGAUGAAGGUUGGGAAUAUGCUGAAAAAUCUGAUGGUACUAUUGGACUUUUUCCAGUGAAUUUUGCUGUACGAUUGUAUGAUAAUGAAGAAAAACAAUAG